AUGGAACCAGAAAGGAGAGUUACGCGAGGCAUGAGUAGGGAUGGAGACAGGAUGGAAGAGAACGAGAGGAGAGCAUUGGAGGAGCUUAGCAGAGCAAUGGGGCAGGACCUUGGAGUGGAGGAUAGUGUGGGGGGAUCAAUUCAAGGAGAUGAGUUCGUUCCACCGGUGCCUUCUAACCCUCCUUCUCCUCCGUCUAAUGCUCUCCCACCUGCGGGAUCCCCACUUGGAUCAGACCAAACCCCACGCCCAAGAGAAAACACUGGAAGUACGGCGAACUUGGGAGAAGAAGGAACACAAGGGGUGGUGUUGGCCUUGAUGCAGAUGGUGGCGAAUAUGAACAAAGACAUGAUGGAGGAGAGAAGGCGUAGGGAGGAAUGGGAACAGAGAAGAGAAAGGGAUACAAGGACAGAGAAGAAAGAAGAGAAGAAAUGGGAAAAGGGGCAACCUUCGGCGCAGGGUGGUGUCCAGGCGGCUAUGAUGUCGACGGUGGUAAAGAGUACACCGCCAAACAUCGACGAAGUUCGCCGAAGAUGGCCUAGGCCGAGCUCCGAUCUGAGGGAGACAAGGAGGAAGGAGGGGAAGUGUACCGAGUGUGGUGAAGCAGGACAUUGGCUGAAGGAAUGCCCUGUAAGGGAGGCUAAGGUUAAGGUUGGACUGUUGCCUCCAUGGGGGGGGAAGUUCGGAGAACGUGGUGGAGGAUCGGGAGGGAACGCAGUACCUCUCGGACAGAGGAGGAACUUGAAUGCGGUUGGAGGAGAAGUAGAUUUGGAAGAGGACCAGGGAAAAGAAGAGGACCUGUCGCAGUAG